UUUCAGAAACAGGUUCUUGCAGUUUACCCUUGAAAGAGGUCGAGAAAACGUACCUGACGACUAGGUUUACUCGGCCAUCCUGGUAAAGUUCACCCUGUCUCGAUCUCCAGCUGAUUCCAAGAUGGCCGACGAAGCGAGUCCUAUUAUGGUUGCUACGUCAGAGGCGUCUUCGGAAAAUCUGGUUCGGGAAAACACAAAUGUGGUCGACGCCUUACACGCCAUUUUCAACAUCACUGGGCGAGAAGGAACAUGGCCGGUCACCCAAAAAGACAGCCAACUUAGCGGCGAUCACAAAGCCCUUAAUGUCCCCGCGGAUGAGAUGGUCAGAGAACUCCAGGAAAUAUUCCAGUUGGAUGAAGACGCCAUGGAGGAACUGAAGAAGGAAGCCCUGCAGAGGAAGCCAAUAGAAUUUAUGCUGAACCUCACAGUCAAGGAAGGGAGAAUACGUAAAAGAAGUACAGGAAAUGACACAGUAUAUAUUACUGUUACCACCCCAUCCAGGAAUGACAAUCAGGAUCUCAUUACUUCUUACGUUAAGUCUUUUGCACCGAAGUGGGACCAUGAAUUUAACAUACCCAUCCGAGAUCCCCAGAAAGACCACAUAUAUCUACAGCUUUGGCAAAAUGGCGAAGAUGAACUCUCUUGGUUAUUUGAACCUAAAUUGGCCACUAUUCACUUCCCAAGAGUUCUGCCAAUUGCAACCCUCAGCAUUCCCAUUAUGGAAGUGAUAGAAAGAGAGUUUGAUGGAUGGUACGAGUUUCAGAGUAUAUCUGAUGCAGGUAUACCCAGUUUGGACGUGGAAUCAGUUAAAGUACACUUAUCAGGGCACAUAACCUGUUCGUCGGAUUUAGGCGAACAACACCAGUCUUAUGACGAGUUCCUGCUGCGCCUUUUUCAGCAUCAUACAUUUCCCUUGAUGGAUAAUGCAAGUGGACUUUGGCAAGGCAAUCUACCAGCAAGUCUGACAGCUUUAAGCACACAGUUAAGAAUUUUACAUGAUGUCAGAAAGGAUACACAGCUCAUCUCAUGGUGCAAAGCGGCCGUCCAGCUUCCAAAUGUUGAUGCAGUUUACGUACACUCUCUGGUUAAGAACAUUCAGACCAAGAUAGUUGCUUCUUCGUUCAGUGAAGAGGAUCUGGCUUUCCUUCAAAACACUUUGACAUUGAUUAUAGAGAAAUGUGAAGAGAAAAUAAGAAGUCUGGACAGGAGUUUCCCAUUCUCUAAUGCAGAUUCUGAAGAACAGUUAAUGGCUGUGGUCAAGACUCUGGGUGACAUCCACCGACAUCCCAAAACCCAAAUGUUGAUAUAUCAGUCGGAGCAACCACUUAUCCAUGAAACCGUGACAGAGGCUCUGAUAACUUUUGGCUGCAAUUGGUUGAAACAGAUGGAAAAAUCAACAUUGUUGCUGGCUAGCAGUCCAAUUGACCAAAUCAAAGCUUCAUUAGCAUUGACAAAUGAAGUUUUGUUGCUACUUGGAGAGCCUUUGGCAUUUUAUAAUAGAAUUUUCCUGAAAGAAAUGAAAGUUCAUUGUUACAAGCAAGUUUAUGGAAGCUUGGUAAGAGAACUAAUAUCGUCUCUCGAACCAGUCCUUACCUGCAUAUGCAAGAGGCUUCUGAAAGAGCCAGAUACAGGAGAGAGUGCUGAAGAACUGUCUUAUGAUUUUGGACUUGGGUCUAAUCUUCUAAAAGUAUACACCAACCUCUGCCAGAUAAAUUUCCUCGGUAGAAGAUCAGAAUCCGCGACCCAAGAGACAGGCAUUGAGUCACAUCACCAGUGGUUCAUCCCCGCUGUGCACCAUUGGCUCGCCUACACUAACAAUUUGGCACUGCAGUGUGUGGAUAAAGCGGUUGAGAAAGAUUCCUUUGAGAGAAUGAAUGACCAUUGCCACUUUAGUGCUUCAGCUACAGAUACGGCAUCGCUGUUUCAUAAUGUAAAGGUCUGGUGGCAUAAAAUAGCGUGGGAUGAUCAGACAACUAAUGACUUGAUUCCUGUAAGGAUUUUAGAAGACCAGUGCGAUGUUGCCAAGCAUUACUGUCAACUUAUGUUUGAUGUCAUGGACUCUGUCCUCGAACAGAAUGAGGGUCGAUCAUGGAUUGGGGCAAAGAUUCCAGUAGUUGUGGCCAAUAUGGAAUACAUUAAUAAAGAAGUAGGUAAACUGCCAAAAACUUUUGGUUUAGACUCUCUGAAGAAUGGAACUAACAGUACAGUGAAGAAUCUGAUUGAAAAUGUCCAAGACACGAUAAACCUUUGGAUAAAUCAGUACUUGGAAGCAGUUUUAAGGAAGGUGAAACCUACUAUCAAAACAUCACUAGACAAUGCAUGCGAAAGUGGGGAUGUUUCAGAUCUUUUGAAUAAUUUGUUGGAUCCAGCUCUUAGUGUGCUGUGCAGUGACCUCCCAAGAUCACAUUUUCUUAACUUUUUAGCCAGCCUUUGGGACUGCAUUGUUCUCCUUCUCCAGAUGAAGUUGAAAGAUGAAAGUAAGAUAAGGAAGAAUGAUUACUUUGAGCAGAUGAGCUAUGUGUUAAAUGAAAUUUUGAAAUGUUUUACACCAUCAACUGACAUUGGACUGGAUGUCAGGGCAAAAACACCAGGUUACAUGUCUCUUGUGCAAGAACUGGAGCUUUUGAAGUUAGACACGAAUGAGCUCAUCAGCCAUUACUAUCAAAACCGAUGGAAGGAACAGCAAGACCUACAACAACAGGAAACGACAGCGACACUAGUUGUAAGA